AUGUCCAAUAAUACUGUGUUGUAAAAGUUUUUAUAGAACAAUCCAUUCAUAGAAGGAAUUGUAUUAAUGGAUAAAGAAGGAAUAGAAAUUAUAGGAGCAUUCUAAAAUGAAAAUAACAAGUUGAGAACAGGAGCAUAAUCAUUGAUGUAUGUGGUGGCUAUUCAAUAAUGCAAUGAAAAUUUAAGAAAACUUUCUGAUUCUGAAACAAAACAAAUUACAUUAGUUUAUGAUGAAUGGAUUCUAUAUUUCGAAAUUUGGAGCCAUUCAAUUUUGAUAUUUUAUUGCAAUGUCAAAGCAAAUAUUGUGUCAUUAAAAUAACUUGGACAGGAAUUAAAGCGCAUACUUUCGCCUUAUAAUGAUUUAUUAGAAAAAUAGUAAAAAUGA